AUGGCUCGACUGAUCUGUGAUCACCAUCACCACCACGACCUGCUGCUAUCGGCCGACGAAAUAGAGCCUUUCCACUGUUACGGGUGCUGGGAGAAGGGUCUCGGCGCUCGAUACGCCUGCGUCGAGCGGUGCGGCCAUGUUCUCCACAAGUACUGCGCAAACCCCAGGGAAAUCCUCACGCAUCCUUUCUUCCCCGACUGCACCUUCCACUUCCUCGAGGUGAGCAAGCCCAACCGCCGGUGCGACGCCUGCGGCGGGGACGUUAACGGCUACGUCUACCACUGCUUCGAGCAAGGCUGGGACUUACACCCCUGCUGCGCCUACCUCAAGCAUCGCAAGCUAGUCGAAACAGAGGAAGGAGACGGAAGCAUGUUGUUGACUCUCCACCGCAGGGAGCGGUCUGAGUGCUUCGUCUGUGGCAAGAAGAGGCUGAACAGGAACGCCAGAAGCUGGACGUACGUGUCGGAGUGCGGGAAGUACCACUUCCAUGUGGCCUGCAUGAAGAAAGAGGCGAUUGAGGCUGCGGACGAGGGCAGAGGGCAGGAGAUUGAGAAGCUGGCGAAUAAACUCUCGGUUGCUGGUAGAUCAAGAAGCGCAAAGGCAAGUAAAUUUGCAAAGAUAGCGAAGAUCGUGAAGAUUGCCAUCGGCUUCGUGAUGGCCGCCGUCGUCGGAGAUCCGAGCACACUUCUCAUCUCCGUUAUGACCACCCUCUUCAGUAAUAAUGGAUAG